UCUAGGAAUAUUUACCUCUGAGUUCGUUGCGUAACAAAUAGACGAUGGUGGAGAAAUCUUCAUUUCGUUCGGCUGUAGACAAGCUGAGAAGUCUGCCAUGGCGCGAUCUCUUCUAUAUGUUUUAUAUAGAACCUGUUGUCGUUAUGCUCAUCUUUGCGCACAUGCUCUCAGGCGUUGUGAUGCGCAAUCAGAUCAUAUAUCAGACAUGCAAAGUAAUUUUCAAUUACAAUGAGACCGACUGCAGGCAUCUGGACGACAAGGAUGCCAGCCCCGAGAUCCACGCUAUUGAAACGGAGAUACAGUCGUAUGUGGCUGACAUGUUUCUCACGCGCACCUUGAUGGAGAGCAUUGUGCCAGCCUUUUGUGGCCUGUUUAUUGGCUCCUGGUCGGAUCAUUACGGACGCAAGCCGCUGCUCGUCGUCUCAAUGAUUGGCUUCGCUGGCUCCGCCUUGAUAACGGCCGUCAUAUGUACGCUAUCCAGCCGUCAGGACAUUAAUCCCUGGUGGUAUACGAUAGCUGCAGUGCCGCACUCCCUGCUGGGCGGCAUGUGUGUCUUCUCGGUGGCCGCCUUUUGUUUUCUAUCGGACAUCACAGAUAUUAAGACCAGGCCCUACAGAAUGAUUGCAAUUGAGUUUCUGGUGUUCAUAGCGCUCAGCAGUGGCUCUUUGUUGUCCAGUUAUGUGUAUGAGGCCACUAGCGCCUCUAUUACCCAAGGCAUCUCAGCAGGAAUUCUCAUAGCGGCCACUUUGUUUAUCAUCGUCUAUUUGCCUGAAAGCUUGAACAUACGCCUAGAACAAGAUGCCAAAGAGGAAGCCGAUAAAGCCGAAAAGGAUUUACCUAACAUAGUCUGUGAUACGCAACUAAACGCUGUGUGCACCAUUGACAAAAAUAGAGACCUCGAAAAAGACGUUGAUCCCACAAUCAAAGACUCCGAGCUUAAGCCUGAGCCUGCGCUGGAUACAGUGACAGAUAGCAAAAAUGUUGUUCUCUUUGGACUAAAAACAAAUGAGAGCACGAGGGAGACCGCAGCGAGCGAGCUCUGCACAACCGAAAUACAUUUGGAUGAUAAGAAGGAGCCAAAGCCUAUGGAGUCUGUGCCGGGUAAUGAAAAGCCCGAGACGAAAUCUGAAUCAGAGGUCCAGAAUGUGGGUCUGUUUAGCUUAACGCACAUCAAGGAGAUGUUCAGAACGUGCUGCAAGCCUCGAGAGCAUCACGCACGCGAAAUCAUUUGGCUGGUUACCUUGACAAUGUUUAUGUCAAUGUUCGUAGUUGAUGGUGGUAUGACAGUCAUGUACCUGUUUGUGCGGCAGAAGUUCCAUUGGUCUGUGCGCGAGUUCACAUUCUUUGAGACCAUCAGCCAAGUUGUGCCCAUGUUGGGUGCCCUGAUUGGAUUCCUAAUGCUGCGCAAGGUAUUUGGCUUGUCUGUGGUAACGCUGGCGCUGCUCUCGCUCGGCUCAGAAAUACUGAGCAACGUGACCAAGGGCUUUGCCAUGCUGCCCUGGCACAUGUAUCUAUCGAUUGCCUUUGGCAUAUUCCGUUCCAUUGGCGGCCCCAUGUGCCGCACCAUCGUCUCGAACAUAGUUCCCGCCUCCGAUUUGGGUAAAAUUUUCUCCAUCAAAAACGUCUUUCAAUCCUUUGCACCUUUUGUCGCCGCACCACUGUAUACGCUAAUCUAUCAGCGUUCGUUGUCUGUUUGCCCUGGUCUCUUCAAUUUCGUCAGCGCAGCGCUCUUCUUGGUAGCUUUUGUUGCAAUCGGCUUUGUUUGGCGCUACAAGUUCAUUCACAGAGAACAUUAUGGCAAGCUACUGAAAUAAAAUAAAGAUCUCUCGAUACAAUCCCUAAAACAAUAAAAAAAAUAAAGGGCCAAUUAAACAUGUUUAUCGAGAUAGAUCUUGGUUGGACGGGUAUGUGUCGAUUAUCAUGAGAUAAUCGGAAAAUUUGGCUCCAUGCUUGAAUGUGAUUGCAUAUUCGCUCCUAGCUUGACCAUAAAAAUACCUUAGGA